AUGGGUUGUACUCAUUGGACAAAGCAACUCGAAGUGGAUGGUACAAUAAAUAAAGCUAAUUCAAAUGUUUUUAAAAGUUUAUCUUAUGUAACAACUGAAUUUGAUUUAUCAGGAUUAGACAGUGAAGAUGAAGACGUAAAUUAUUCUUAUCAUUCAAUAAUGAAAAAUCACAAACAACAUCUGGCAAAUAAAGUUUUUUCACCUUUACACGGAUUAAAUUCUUCUAACAAUACGUGUUCGACAGUAAUUAAUAGUGUUUUGGAUAAUCGAGUUGUUCAAACAGGUGUUUAA